AUGGCAUCGAGACCAGAACUCAAGGUCGACGAUGAAGGUGGCUUCAUCCGCACCUUUCGUUCCCUACCAGCAAAACCAGAGGGAACCAGUACAAUUCGUGUCUUUGACAGAGCAGACUGGUACUCGGCUCAUGGCGAAGAUGCAGAAUUCAUUGCACGCACAGUAUACAAGACCACUGCCGUCCUCCGUAACCUGGGCCGCAGCGAAAAUGCGCUACCCAGUGUUACGAUGACCACGACAGUCUUCCGCAACCUCCUCCGCGAAGCACUCUUCAAGUUGGGUCAAAGAGUAGAGAUCUGGGAAGCCAGCGGUAAAGGGCAAUGGAAAUUGGCUCGAGAAGCGAGCCCUGGAAAUUUACAGGCUGUCGAGGAAGAGCUGGGUUCAGGCAUAGACAGCCAAGGUGAUAGUGCACCGAUCAUUCUCGCUGUGAAAGUCAGCGCGAAGACGGGGGAAGCCAGAAAUGUUGGAGUGUGUUUUGCGGAUGCAAGCGUCAGAGAGCUUGGUGUGAGCGAAUUCCUCGACAACGAUCUCUACUCAAACUUCGAAAGCCUGCUCAUUCAACUCGGUGUCAAAGAAUGUGUCGUGGCGAGCGACGGACAGAAAAAAGACCCUGAACUCGCAAAAAUCCGUCAGAUAGCCGAUUCAUGUGGAGUGGCAAUCUCUGAAAGAGCCGCUGGCGACUACGGAACCAAAGAUAUUGAGCAAGACCUGUCUCGAUUGCUUAAAGGCGAAAAUUCCAUGGGGCUGCUGCCACAGACUGACCUCAAGCUUGCCAUGGGCAGCGCUGCUGCACUGAUCAAGUACCUUGGUGUUAUGACAGAUCCAAACAACUUCGGCCAAUAUCGACUCUACCAGCACGACCUGAGCCACUUCAUGAAGCUGGACGCAGCUGCUCUAAGAGCCCUCAACUUGAUGCCUGGUCCACGCGAUGGCGCUAAGAGCAUGAGUCUGUUCGGUCUUCUCAAUCAUUGUAAGACACCCAUUGGAGGUCGGCUGCUGGCACAGUGGCUGAAGCAGCCGCUGAUGAGCCUGGAGGCGAUUGAGACGAGACAACAACUUGUAGAGGCUUUUGUGACAGACACUGAACUCCGGCAGACGAUGCAAGAGGAACACCUGCGCUCCAUCCCUGACCUGUAUCGUCUCGCAAAGAAAUUCCAACGCAAGAUGGCCAACCUUGAAGACGUUGUGCGUGCCUAUCAAGUCGUGAUUAGGCUCCCAGGGUUCAUCGAAGCUCUAGAGACCGUCGUGGACGAGCAAUAUCAGAUACCGCUGGAAGCACAGUAUACUUCGAAACUGAAAGAGUUGUCGAACUUUCUAGGCAAGCUCGCAGAGAUGGUCGAGACCACAGUCGAUCUUGAUGCACUAGACCGACACGAGUUCAUAAUCAAACCGGAAUUUGACGACAAACUCAGGAUGAUUAGAAGCAAACUUGAUCAACUCAAGAAUAACAUGGAUAGUGAGCACCGUCGAGCGGGCAAAGACCUGAACCAGGAUCUGGACAAGAAACUCUUCCUGGAAAACCACCGAGUCCAUGGUUAUUGUUUCAGACUUACUCGUACCGAAGCUGGGUGCAUACGCAAUAAACCAUUGUACAAAGAGAUCUCGACUCAAAAGAACGGAGUUUACUUUACGACCUCGAAGCUGCAAGAAUUAAGACGAGAACAUGACCAAUUCUCAACAGCAUACAACCGCACGCAAGGCUCACUUGUCGCUGAGGUGGUCUCCGUGGCAUCUUCGUACACACCAGUCAUCGAACAACUUGCUGCUAUCAUCGCCCACCUGGAUGUAGUCGUGAGCCUGGCACAUGUGUCCGUGCAUGCACCCACCGCUUAUGUUCGGCCUAAGAUGCACGAGCGUGGAACCGGUGACACCAUCUUGAAAGAAGCCCGACACCCAUGCAUGGAGGCCCAGGAUGAUAUCAACUUCAUCACGAAUGAUGUUGAACUGAAACGAGAUGAGUCACGAUUCUUGAUUAUUACCGGUCCAAACAUGGGCGGCAAAUCUACCUAUAUUCGCACCAUUGGGUGUAUCGCCUUGAUGGCUCAAAUCGGGUGCUUUGUGCCGUGUUCCGAGGCAGAACUGACCAUCUUUGAUUGCAUACUCGCCCGUGUCGGAGCGUCUGACUCCCAACUCAAAGGUGUCUCGACAUUUAUGGCCGAAAUGCUCGAAACGGCGAACAUCUUGAAAAGUGCCACCAGAGACUCACUGAUCAUUAUUGAUGAACUCGGUCGAGGGACAAGCACCUACGAUGGAUUCGGUCUGGCUUGGGCCAUCAGCGAAGAAAUUGUGGCUCAAAUUGGCGCUUUCGGGUGCUUUGCAACGCAUUUCCAUGAAUUGACUGCUCUGGCGGACAAGUACCCAAAGGCAGUCAAGAACUUACACGUCGUGGCCUUUGUGGACCAAGCUAGCGGCGACACCUCUGAAAAGAGAGAGGUCACCCUGCUCUACAGAGUUGAAGCUGGAAUCAGCGACCAGAGCUUCGGUAUUCACGUUGCCGAACUUGUGAGAUUCCCAGAAAAGGUGGUCAACAUGGCGCGACGGAAGGCUGAAGAGCUCGAAGAUUUCACGACGGCGACUGGGGAGAAGAAGAAAGAGGAGUACUCCAAGGAAGACGCUGAGGAAGGAGGUAAGCUGCUGAAGGCAAUGCUGAAAACUUGGAAGAGCCAAGUCGAGGGACGAGAGAUGAGCAAGGAUCAAAAGCUCCAGCUCAUGAGGGACUUGGUCAAAGCCGAUUCCGCUUUGAUGGCCAACCCUUUCUUCCAGUCUGUUAAGGCGCUGUGA